AUGUCAUUGCAACUUGACGAAUACCUUUCAGUCACCUACAGAGAUAUAGAACUAGCUAUCAGUAGUUAUUCAGGCCUCAUACUGGCUGAUACUCCUACAGUCCUAAUAACUAGAAAUGGUGCUAACAAGAAGCGUAUUCACAGGUUGGAUCUUGAAUUUGAAUUUGAAAAACCAGAAUCAGAGGGAGUUGCAGGAGCAGAUCGCGUUCCUUCUGCGUUCGAAUUUGGAGAUUCGGGAAUUGAUUGGCUUGGAGUCUGCCCGUCACUUGUCACCGGAACUGGUCACCGGACUUCCUCCAUUGUUCCCAUUGGAAGAGCUUGUCCAAAAGCAGACUUUUCGCCUUCAUGA